AUGAAAAUUUUCUUUGCUUUUGCCAAGGAACAGUGGCAGAGGCGUGGACUGCUUGCAGAGUCUAACAGCCGCAGGGCUGUGAACAGAGGCUACGUCACCAGCUUGCUCAGGCUGCAUCAGGACUGGCACGGCCAUGACACAGCCAAUACCUAUGUGCUGAUCCGCCAGAUGCUUCUGCUCUGCCUCAAGCACAUUGCCAACCUCCGGUCUGGCAGGGAGGCCUUCCUGGCAGCUCAGGGCAUGGAGAUCCUCUUCAGCACCACACAGAACUGCCUGGAUGACGGAAGUUUGGAACCCAUCGUCUCCGUCGUAGUUCAGAUCCUGAGACAGUGCUACCCAAAGAGCCCACUUCCCUUGGUCACAGCCACCAGUGCCUACGCCUUCCCAGUCCCUGGGAGCAUCCCUUCCGAACCUCCGUGUGUUCUAACUGAAGAGGAUUUUGAAGAUGACGCUGAUGAAGAAGUGGAUAAAGAUUCAGAUUCUGAAGAGGUGAAAGACCAAGAUGAUGAUUUGGAAACAGAUGUGAACAAGCUGAGUUCCAAACCUGGUCUUGACCGACCCGAGGAGGAACUGAUGCAGUACGAGGCAAUGUGUCUUGAGCUCUCCUGCAGCUUCGAGGAACUCAAGUCUCAAUCUGGAGAUGAUUUGAAGUUCGAAGAGACUCAGUAUGCCAAUCAUCACCACAUUCCAACUGUCGCCUCCCCAAAGUGGCAUGGUUUGAAUAAGGACCAAAGUUCUUGGAAGCAAGGAAGAGAAGACAUGGUCCAGACUUCCCUUCUGAGCAAGGUGAAGAUGGGGAGGUCCACCAUGCAUCCAGCCUCCAAAAAAGGACCUGGGAUGAACCCAUGCCAAAACAUGCAAUCCAAUGGAUUUGGGAUAGAUUCUUCUGGAAAAGAAAUCCCUGACAUUCAAGAUUCCCUCAAACAGGAUGUUUGGGACAUAGAUGUUAUUUCCUGCCCAAUGAUUAGUGCCUCCUUUUCCAAUUCCGCUAGGCCUAGAGAAACUGAUGAAGUAAUAGAUAAGCUUCUGCAGACACAUCCCAAGCCUGUCCCCUUCCAUGACCCCUGUCUUUAUAUGGCCAAAGCAAGAAGAACCAGAUCUGUGGCUGACUUCAAGACGAUGGCAUUUCCUGACCUCUGGGGACAUCGUCCACCACCCUCUGCCCAGUCGAUGUUGGAACGCAAAUGUGGAGUCCAAAGGAUCAAGAUAUUUGAGGAUGUCCGGAGGCUCAUCCAGCCAACUGAUAUUAUAAAUAAAGUCGUCUUCAGUUUAGAUGAGCCUUGGCCUCUGCAAGACACUGCUUCCGAUUGCUUGCGGUUCUACUCCAAGUUUGAGUCAGGAAAUCUCCGCAAAGCCAUCCAAGUGCGUGAGCUGGAAUAUGACUUGCUGGUCAAUGCUGAUGUGAAUAGCAGCCAACAUCAACAGUGGUUCUACUUCAAGGUGAGCGGCAUGAGAGCUGCUGUUCCGUACCGCUUCAACGUCAUCAACUGUGAGAAGCCCAACAGCCAGUUUAAUUACGGAAUGCAGCCAACUCUGUAUUCUGUGAAGGAGGCUCUUCUUGGCAGACCCACCUGGAUACGGAUGGGCUAUGAAAUCUGCUAUUACAAAAAUCAUUAUCGCCAGAGCACUGCUGUCACAGGGGGAGCAUCUCAGAAGCAUUUUUAUACCCUCACCUUUGUGGUCAACUUCCCCCACAAUGAGGACGCCUGCUACCUGGCCUACCACUAUCCCUACACCUAUACUGCCCUCAUGACUCACCUUGACAUCCUGGAAAAAAGCGUGAACCCCAAGCAAGUAUACUUCCGCCAGGAUGUUCUCUGCCAGACUCUGGGAGGGAAUUCAUGUCCAUUGGUGACCAUCACAGCCAUGCCCGAGUCCGAUAGUGCUGACCACCUGGAACAGUUCCGCUUGCAAGUGACAGUCCUCGAGCUGGACCCUGAGGAAGCCAGGGCUGUGCUCGAUGAGAAAAGACUAAUGAGAGCUAUUCUUCAUAGCGACAUCUCUGACCUGACAUUCCUGCCCGUUGAAGAGGAGGAAGCAGGAACUUCUGAACAGUGGACUCCUUUAAGUUGGUCGUGGAUCACCAGCCUCCAGGAAGAAGCUUGUGUAAAUGACAUCGUUAUUGGACGCUUUGAGAAUCAGUGUUAG